AUGUCUACUGCCAGAGAAAAAGCCCCUCUUCCUACAGCUAACGAAGUAGAAGGAUGGACUGAAACAGAAAAACUAAUAAAAUUUUUGGCCGACCAAAACUUAGGACUUGAUGAUGAUGAUUUCGAUAUUCUUCGUAAACAAAAA